AUGAAGAGUUUAUCCAGCGUCAAGGACCGCAUGGUCACCGCUGUCCGAACUGACCCGAAUUACAAUCGAUGGGGCAGCUGGGUUGGUCCUGUGUCCAGAAGGCUUCCGUCUGCUACGGCGGAAUACAUUGCUGAGAAGCUUCCCAUUGCGCAGUGGCUGCCGCAUUACAAUCCUCAAUGGCUCCUCAGGGACUUCAUCGCCGGCAUCACGGUUGGUGUCAUGUUGAUUCCCCAGGGUCUGGCGUACGCUAAGAUUGCCACUGUUCCUAUUGAAAAUGGCUUGUAUGCAAGUUGGUUUCCGCCUCUGCUGUACUUCUUCAUGGGGACGAGUCGAGAGCUUUCCGCUGGUCCAACCUCUAUUCUUGGCCUGCUUACCGCGGAAGCGAUUGAAUCCUUGUCCAAGGAGGGAUACAAACCGGCUGAUAUCUCCUCUGCCAUGGCCUUCAUGGUUGGAGUUUACGCUCUGGCUAUUGGUCUUUUGAAACUCGGUUUCCUCUUGGACUUUGUGUCUGCCCCGGUGCUUACGGGUUGGAUCUCGGCCGUUGCCAUCGUCAUUGGUUUGGGUCAGGUCGGCUCCCUGGUUGGACUGUCUCUUCCUUCUGGCGUGGCACCUAUUAUUCACGACUUUUUUGCUCAUAUUCGCAAGAUAAAGCCGCUCACCCUUGCCAUUGGUCUGACCGGUUUAGCACUUCUGAUUAUCCUUGAACAAAUCGGAAAACGAUGGGGAAAGAAGAACAAGUACAUCAAGUUUCUUGCAACCAGCCGUGCCGUCAUCCUGCUCAUCAUUUACACCCUCAUCUCUUACUUUUGCAACCGCAACCGUGGAAAGGAUUUGCUUUGGGAUGUCACCAAGGUCGAUACUCAUGGGUUGCCAACCCCUAGACCGCACGAUACCGAGCUGCUGCAGAAGGUGUUUGCCAGAGCAUUUGCACCGCUGAUUGCCAUGUCAGUCGAGCACUUGGGUGUUGGUAAAGCCUUUGGUCUACGAGGCAACUACAACAUCGAUAAGAGUCAGGAGUUGGUGUACCUGGGAGUCAACAACAUGGUCAACAGCCUGUUUGGCGCUCAAACGACUGGCGGAGCCAUGAGUCGAACGGCCGUUAACUCGGAUUGCAAUGUCCACAGUCCUGUCAACUUUCUCUUUACCGGUGGUUUCAUUAUCUUGACAUUGUACGAACUUGCUCCAGCUCUUUACUGGAUCCCAAAGGCAACAUUGUCUGCUAUUAUCAUCAUGGCUGUUGCCCACCUGGUUGCUCGACCAAGUCAGUUCUAUCGCUUCUGGAAAAUGUCCUUCAUCGACUUCGUCGGCUCCAUGCUCGGUCUCUGGGUCACCCUCUUCACAUCUACUGAAAUCGGUCUCGCCACUGCCGUUGGCUUCAGCAUCGUCUACACCUUGCUACGUCUAGCAUUCCCACGCUGGAUCGGCCUCUCACACAUUGAAACCGAAAACACACACGUCUCCGUGCCCACCACCAGUGCAGCAUCGACCAAUCUUGACGUCCCAGCCGAGGCAUAUCUCGUUCAGUACACGGACGACAUUCUCUUCCCCAAUGCCGAGCGUGUCAAGACGUCCAUUAUUCAAUCUAUCAAAGUCCACUUUGACCCGGCAUCAGAUGCCAGAGUGGACGUGGACAAGAACAGACGCACAUGGAACCCAGCUACGAAGAAGCAAAUCCUCAAGAUCCGAAAGCGAAAGGGCAUCACUGCCAUCGACGGCAACGAUACACCGCUUCGACGUGUUGUUCUAGACUUUGGCCGUGUAUCCUUUAUUGAUACCACUGGUGUCUUCUCACUCAUUGAACUCAAGAUGGAACUACGCAGAUACAUUGGCAAGGAUCUAGAGUUUCGGUUUGUGGGCAUGGUAGAUCCUGUGAGGGAGCGGUUUGACCGUUCGGGAUGGGAGUUUGGCUCCCCUGGGCAGCAGCGUGCUGAGUCUGCUGACGUUGUUUACUCAUCUAUUGAAAUGGCUCUUUGGCAUGAGGGUUCCGAUGACAAGCUUGAAUUGGUGGAAGAGAAGACGCUGGACGUAUGA